AUGAGCGGAGCACCGACAUCAUACUCCAGUCUGAAGGACUUCAAGCGCGGCAAGUCCCUCCGCGAGCCACGCGCUCCGCCUCCGCCCGGAGGGUACAAGAGCUCGGGCUGGAGCGGCUCGAACUCUAACAGAGGCUACGGCGACGAACACAUUUCGGCGUCGACCGGCUACAUUCCCCCGGUCUCGAGCCACACGCCAUCGCCGGGUCCCUCGACGCCGAGCGAGACCUCUGAGCGCAAGGGCUGGUUUGGCCGCUCGUCUUCGACCGACGUUCACCCAACGACGUCAGCGACGUCUGACAAGAGUGGAGGCGGUGGCUGGUUUGGGCGCUCGUCAUCACCGGCUCAACAGCCCGGGCGCACGGCGUCGCCCGCGCAGGGCAACGGUAUUCGCAACUCGACGCUUCCUAGCCAUGCGCGCGAAGCUAGUGGCUCGUCGCGCAUCCCGAACGGUACGACGCACGAGAAGGAAAAGUCUGGCGGCUGGGGGCUUCCUUUCGGUCACAAGGAGGAGAAGAAGGAGCCCAAGAUGGGCCGCGGUGGUCGCAUUCAGCGCUACGUCCCGCCGAGUGAGCGCGAGGUGGGCGAGGAAUUCACGGGUCGCCCAAUGCGCAACCACUCGCACCAGUACACCGAGGACGAGAUUGAUGAGAACGUCCCCGGCGGCGUGAAGAAACCCCAGACCUGGACUGAAUGGGGAAACGAGCAGGUCAAGUGGGCGCGCGAGACGGCCAACGAGACUGGUGUUGCGGCGCAGAAGCAGUGGCAGCAGGCUACCAGCGGCGACACCCGCGACCGAGUCUUGACUGGAGUCGGAAACGGGGUCACAAAGGCCGCUGGUACCGCGAUCAAAUACACCGGCAAGGGCAUCUGGGCUAUCGGUAAGGCCGCUACGCGAUAG